GCUUAAAACAUUCUCAACCUCGCUGCCACACGCAUGAAAACAAACGCAGAGUUUUGGCUCAAGUUAAAGUGGACAACGUGUACAGGGACCGCGCACUGACCGAUAGAGAGACCUAGAGAAAGAGUGAUAGAGACUGGGGAAAGUUGCUGGCAAGUUAGUCUCUGUUUUGGAAUGCAGGUCGUACUUGAACUUGGGUUGUUUCGGCUAUCAUUUGCACCUUCUCAACGAUGUGAACCCCGCGUGGCACGAGUAAGCAGCGUUUGGUGUUUAGAUGCUCGUCUCGCGUGUGCAGAGAAGUAGCGCUCGUUAAUUGAUCUUCAGAGGCGGCGACGCCACCGUAUGUAACGGAUCAUCCACACUACGAGCAUGGACUACCUGAUUCAAGCCGGGCUGCAAGGGUCAUCCCAACCACGCAUAACUAUGGCCGCGUUCGCUCCUCUGAUUCUUCUUGCUGUUCUCUCCCGCUGUGCUGAGGGCUCCCUUCACCCGUUUGACCCGCGCUCCGGCGGCCUGACCCUGGGGAAAGGCAUGGGCGGCUGGCCCCCCCUGGGGAAGGGGGUAGGGUGGCCCCCGAGGGACACACAGUGCCACCACAUGCUCAAGCACCUGCAUCACGGGGCCCGCAUCACCGUGCAAAUGCCCCCCAACAUCGAGGGCCACUGGGUCUCCACCAGCUGUGAGGUGCGUCCGGGGCCGGAGUUCGUGACGCGCUCCUACCGUUUCUACGGCAACCACACCUUCCACGUGCGGCAGUUCUACUACGCGGACAACCACUGCACGACGCCCACACACACCCUGGUGGCGCGCGGCCGGCUGCGCCUCCGGCAGGCCUCGUGGAUCGUGCGCGGCGGCACCGAGGCCGACUACACGCUCCACAGCCUGCGCCUGCUGUGCCACACGCAGGCCGCCGCCCGGGACCUCACGGAGCAACUCGCCCGCACCUGCCAACGGGUGGUGCGGGUGGAGGUGGCGCUGGGCGGUCGGGGGCUGGAGGCGGGCGUGAGCUACGAGCUGUGGAGCAACAGCGACGGGGCCGAGUGCGCGCGCGGCCUGAACUUCGCCAUGCACGAGCUGCAGCUGCUCCGGCUGGAGAAGCAGUACCGCCACCACAACCUGGAGCAGCUGGUGGAGGAGCUCUCCCUGGGGGACAUCCACACCGAGCCCGCCCAGAGGAUGUACUACAGGCCGUCCAGCUACCAGCCCGCACUGCAGAACGCCAAGAAUCACGACCAGAGCUGCUUCACCUGCCGCAUCAUCUCCCAGGCUGCCGAGCUCCACCCGCCCAUCCACCCGCCCAUCCUGCCGCCCCGCGCGGACCUGCCGGUCAACCUGCACGGCCACUGGGUGUCCCAGCGCUGCGAGGUGCGGCCCGAGGUCCUCUUCCUCACGCGCCACUUCAUCUUCCACGACGACAACAACACGUGGGAGGGCCACUACUACCACUACUCGGACCCCGUGUGCAAGCACCCCACCUUCAGCCUGUACGCGCGCGGGCGCUACAGCCGCGGCGUCGCCUCCCCCCGCGUCAUGGGCGGCACCGAGUUCGUCUUCAAAGUGAACCACAUGCGGGUGCGUCCUCUGGACGUGGCCACCACCUCCCUGCUGAACGUGUUCAGCGGCGACGAGUGCGGACCGCAGGGCUCCUGGCGCCUGGGCGUGGAGCAGGACGUGACGCCCACCGGCGGCUGCGUGGCGCUGGGCGUCCGGCUGCCCCACACCGAGUACGAGCUCUUCCGCCUGGAGCAGGAGGAGGACGGCGACGGUGGUGCCCAUGCCGGGGCGGCGGGCAGAGGGAGAGGAGGGGGGCGGCUGCUGCUCUACAACGGCCAGCGGCCCAGCGACGGCUCCAGUCCCGACCGGCCGCAGAAGCGCGCCACCUCCUACCAGACUCCCAUGGUGCAGUGCAGCGGCAGCAGCGGCUACGACGACGGCCGUCACCACGGCAACCACGCCGACGGGGGGGACGCGGAGGAAAUGGGCGGACGCAGGGAGGGGGGCAUGGAGGGAGCGGGGGACCAUCACCACAGACGAGCCACGCAGCCCAGGAACGGAGGGGUCAAAGGGCACGGGCAUGGCAACGCGGAGGGCGUCGUCCUGGCUACUAUGCUGGUGCUGUUGGGUGUGGCCAUCCUGGGCUGA